CUUCCUCCUCUCGAAUCUCGACCAUUAUGGGACUGCCAAUUGAUUCCCGCCUUUCUACAAACCAUGAAGUCCUUCCCACGGACACUCUCACAAUAGAAUGCUUCGCCACUGUUUGGUAAGCCAGACGCGACUUUUCCCUAUUCCUCGACCAUUUCCUCUCCUCUCUCGCGGGUUCUCUGCUGCAUUCACUCCUAAACCCUUUACUUGCUUCGUCUUCUCUUCAACUCCCAAAUCUUCAAUGUCCGAACGCCGUUCCAUCAACGAUGUUCUUAUGGCCUCCGCUAGGGCAUCUGCUUCUCGCAAAAAGGCUCCUCCUCCUUCGCCCAAGAAACCCAAAACCCUAGAGGACAAAGACACUAAAGUUGUAUCAGAAAACAACCAACAGCAACCCGAUGAACCCUCGUCCAAGAAGGCGAAGACGGCUGUGGAAGAUCGAUCUCUCAGUUUGGACGACCGCAUUGCCCAAUUGAAGAAGAAGUCGUCGGAUUUUACACCGAAGUCCGCUGCAUAUUGGAAAGAUGGAGAACCCGUCCCGUUUCUGUUUCUUGCUCGCGCGUUUGAUUUCAUCGGUCAAGAGAAGGGUCGAAUUGCCACCACAGAACUUCUCUGUAAUGUUUUCCGGACUGUGAUGGCUACUACCCCAAGUGAUUUGGUUGCUGUUGUUUUUCUUUCCGCGAAUAAGGUUGCUCCGUCGCACGAAGGCGUUGAGCUUGGACUUGGAGAUUCUGCCCUAAAUAAAGUUCUCGCUGAAGCCUAUGGAAGAAGUGAAGCACAAAUCAAGAAACAAACAGAAGAACUGGGAGAUUUGGGCCUUGUUGCAAAAGCAAGUCGUUCAUCUCAAAGUUUGAUGUUCAAGCCUAAACCUUUAACUGUUUCAAGGGUUUUUGAUACAUUUCGUAUCAUUGCUAAGGAAUCUGGGAAGGACAGUCAAGACAAGAAAAGAAGACAUAUCAGGGACCUUCUUAUUGCAGCUACUGAUUGUGAACCUCAAUAUUUAAUUCGCCUAUUGCAGUCAAAGCUACGAAUUGGUUUGGCGGAGCAGACUCUCCUAGUGGCUCUGGGAUAUGCUGCUGUUUACUCUGAACAACAAUCUACACCUUCCUCACAAAUUCAAUCUCGUCUUGAAGAGGCUGCAAAAAUUGUCAAACAAAUAUACUCUGUAGUUCCUAACUACGACCAAAUUGUAUCUGCUCUUCUCGCUGAUGGUGUAUGGAAGCUUUCAGAGACUUGUUGCUUUACAUUGGGUGUUCCAGUUGGACCUAUGCUAGCUAAACCAACCAAAGGGGUAUCGGAGAUUUUGGAUAAAUUCCAGGGUAUGGAAUUCACUUGUGAAUACAAGUAUGAUGGAGAACGUGCGCAGAUACAUUACAUGGAGGAUGGUUCUGUUGAGAUAUACAGUCGAAAUGCAGAACGGAAUACGGCAAAGUUUCCUGAUGUUGUCCUUGCAGUUACAAGAGUGAAGAAACCCUCUGUAAAAUCAUUUGUUCUGGACUGCGAAGUUGUUGCGUAUGACCGUGAAAAACAGAAGAUUCAGCCUUUCCAGAUCCUCAGUACUCGUGCUCGUAAAGGGGUGGCCUUGAGUGAUGUAAAAGUUGAAGUUUGCAUCUUUGCUUUUGAUUUAUUGUAUAUCAAUGGAAAGCCAUUACUUCCGGAGCAGCUUAAUGUUCGUAGACAGCAUCUUUAUGAUUCAUUUGAGAUAGAACCAGGAGUUUUUGAGUUUGCAAAAGCAAUAACAUCUGACGAUCUUGAAGUAAUACAGAAGUUUCUUGAAGAUGCUGUUGAGACCAGUUCUGAAGGUCUGAUUGUGAAAACAUUAAAUAGGGAUGCUACAUAUGAACCUUCAAAACGAUCCCACAAUUGGCUGAAAUUGAAAAAGGAUUACAUGGACAGCAUUGGUGACUCAUUAGAUUUAGUACCUAUUGCUGCAUUCCAUGGUCGUGGGAAACGUACAGGAGUCUAUGGUGCCUUUCUCCUUGCUUGUUAUGAUGACAAGAAUGAAGAAUUUCAAAGUAUUUGCAAAAUAGGCACUGGAUUUUCCGAAGCAAUGCUUGAGGAAUGUUCUAAUAGUCUUCGUACUAAAGUGAUCCCCAAACCCAAGCCAUAUUAUCGGUGUGGAGAUACAAUCAAUCCAGAUGUGUGGUUUGAACCAUCUGAGGUUUGGGAGGUGAAAGCUGCAGAUUUGACCAUUAGCCCUGUUCAUUGUGCUGGAAUUGGUGUUGUGGAUCCAAAUAAGGGCAUCUCUCUCCGAUUUCCACGUCUACUUCGUGUGCGAAAAGAUAAAAUCCCAGAGCAAGCAACAUCAUCUGAUCAGGUUGCUGAUAUGUAUCGUGCUCAAAAGAAUAAUGGUACUAACAAUCAGGACGAUGAUGAGAAUGGAGAUGAUUAAGAUGCAGGAUUUCAUUUUCUUUGAACUCAUUCCAAGCAGGCAGUUUUUAAGCCCGGUAGUGCCGUCUUUUUACUAGUUCUGUUGUUGUGAGAUUAUAUGGAGAUGAAUUUUGCUAUGAGCAGUCUCCCACUGAUAUUCCUUUGAUGGCCCGGUCUGGAUGCUGAAUGGUGUAGCCAAUCAAAGGCACACUUGAGUGAAAGCAAAACAUGUUUGUAUAUACACCUACUGUACCUUCAGCAAUCAUGUUGUGUCAAUUGAUAAGUUACAGCCAUCAGUUUUUUAUUUGAAAAAAAAAUUAGUUCUGGUCUUCAGUAAUCAAACACUAGUAUUUAUCAUCCCUGUGACACCUCCAUAGUAUGUAUGUAGUACCACUUUCUUAGUGGCACCUUCCAAGUGUAGAGUAUCUAAUUGAGUUCUUCCUUGGACAUCGAUAAAGUGUUUGUUCAGCUA